CAAUCUUAACCGUUGUUCCAGGACCUAAAGACUUGAAGCUUCUCUGUUUUUUUCCACUUUUUUUAAUAACAAAACUUCUCUGUUUUUCUUUGCCCAAAGGAUAUCAUUUCUCUGGUUUCAAGCUACAGGAAUUCUGAAAUGGCGAAUGUUCCAAAGAUCGGAAAGGCUGUUUAUAAGGGACCAAGCAUAGUGAAAGAGAUAAUAUAUGGAGUCGCACUAGGCCUUGCGGCUGGAGGGCUGUGGAAAAUGCAUCAUUGGAACAACCAAAGAAGAACGAGAGAGUUCUAUGAUUUGCUAGAGAAGGGAGAUAUCAGUGUUGUCGUGGAAGACGAGUAGUAUUUGUGUAUGUUUCUUGGUUUCUUUUAUCUUACGGUAUAUAUAAGUAUAUUUGAAUGUGGAUGCAUAACCAUCUUAAACAUUGAAUAAUUGAAAGCGGUGCCUUUGUAUGGUUGUUAAAGAGAGAUAAUGAGUGAUCCUCUAGUACAUGGAGAGUGUCUUAUCCAUCACCGAUGUGAAUUUUGGUUGUCGAAGUUGUUUCUUAAUGCAGGAAGGGAUUUAUUAUAUCUUAUAGU